AUGAUAAAUGAAUGGGCUGGUGGUUGGGGUGGUUCCUUGCAGGAUAUUGAUUGUGAUAGUCCGUACAAUAUCACUACCUUUCUACCACUUGCUUACACACAUUUUACACAUACAUCAGUAGUUACUGUACAUGUGGACCACGUGUUCAAGAAAGUAGCGUUCGGAUGCGGUGAACUAGAUCAUGAGCGCAAGAUACUCUCCGAGCCAACCACAGUCUCAUCAAUCCAGGAUAUCCUGGCUGUUGCCACGGAGCAAAGCCAACUGGUGAUUAGAAAGUUGCUGGUUGGUAAUGGGCGAUACUGGUACUGUCUGGUCAGACAAAGGCAAGGAGGUUAUUACAGUAGUCUAGUAGUGAAAAACGUAGCUGGCGAUGGGAGAUCUACUUACUACGGAGUUAGUACUUACCAGGCGGAUCCUGAACUAGUGGCCUCGCUUAAAAAUGCAAGAUGGGAGAGAUGUAUCACACUCGGAUCGAGAAAACUGGAAGAUGUGACUUAA